UUUGACCGAUAUACCCUCCACCUCUCGUUUUGUAUACAGUUGUUGCUUCCUCUCUUUCUUUCUUUCUUUCUUUCUUCACACAACACACAGAAUCCAAAGAGGAACGAACCAACGUACGGUAAUGGAUAGGGUGUUCUCAGUCGAUGAAAUCCCCGAUCACUUUUGGUCGCCGCCGAUUCCCGCCACCGGCGUCGACGGCGGCUCCUCCAACAUGAGCCGAAGCCAUUCCGAGUGGGCCUUCCAGCGCUUCCUCCAGGAAGCUUCCGCCGCCUCUCCACCUUCUGCAUCAUCCGCUGCUGACGAUGUCGCUUUCGUCGAGAUCCAGGGUCAGCACAAAUCCAGCACCGGCGUCGCCGCCGCGCCCACUCCGGUGAACGGUGGUGUUUUGUCCGAUGGGCCUCCUAACGCGCCCGUUGAUUCCGAUGAGUACCGGGCCUACCUCAAGAACAAGCUCAAUGAAGCUUGUGCUGCUGUCGCCAUGACUAGGGGAUCUUUGGUUAAAUCUCAGGAUCCAGCCACUUUUCCUGACGGUGGAUCACAGCCUUCUAAUCCUUCUCAACUUGGAUCUCAGCCUACUUUUAAAGGAUCUGGCCCUUCUGGAAAUGAUCCUUCUAAAUUACAAGAUAAGGAAACCAAAGUACCAAUUGUGAUUCCUUUCGUGCCUACCGUGCAAAAGAAACCUAUUUUUGUUAUCAGGCCAUCAACUAGUGGGUCAUCAAGAGAACAGUCUGAUGAUGAUGAAGCUGAUGGAGAGACAGAUAUCAAUACUGACAACAUGGACCCUUCUGAUGCAAAACGAGUAAGGAGGAUGCUUUCCAAUAGGGAGUCAGCCAGACGUUCAAGAAGAAGAAAACAGGCUCAUUUAACUGAUCUGGAAACACAGGUUUCUCAAUUAAAAGGUGAAAAUUCUUCCUUGUUAAAGCGCUUUUCUGAUGUAAGCCAGAAAUUCAAUGAUUCUGCUGUUGACAACAGAGUAUUAAAAGCUGAUGUUGAAACCUUAAGAGCAAAGGUGAAGAUGGCUGAAGAGACUGUCAAAAGAAUUACAGGGUUGAACCCAAUGUUUCAUGCCAUGUCUGAGAUAUCAUCAAUGGGCAUGCCACCAUUUGCUGGAAGCCCUUCAGACAAUUCAGUUGAUGCAGCUGUUCCUGUGCAAGAUAACUCACAUCAUCAACAAUUCUAUCGGCCUGUGUCUAAUAAUCCUAUGCCCAGACAUGAUCUGAGAGUCAACAAUGGUUUGGGGGACAUUUCUUCAAUUGAAAAUGUGCAGCAGCAGAAUGGUGCAGCAGUGGCAGGUGGGAACAAGAUGGGUCAAGCAGCUGCUCCCCUGCAGAGGGUGGCUAGCUUGGAACAUCUUCAGAAGCGGAUUCGUGGUGGUGUGGAUUCAUGUGGAGCUCCUUCUAAUGGAGAGCAGUAAUAGUAGUAGCCAAAGGCAAAUCUUAUGGAUGCUCUAUUCAAGAAAUUAUUCUAAAAAUACUUAUUUCAGUUAGUUAUCAGUAAAGGCCUAUUCUUCUUGACAACAUUGUAAAUUAAUUUGGGGACGUGACACUAUUCAAUCAGUGCACCAUGACCCUAUAUCUUUUUUUGGAUAAAAUAUACUUUUAUCUCCUAGUUCGACAA